AUGUGUCGAUCUACAGAUAAUGCCCACUCUCCCUCAUUCGUGAGGAAACGCAGGAGUCCAAGCUUGGAUAACCGGGCUAGUAGUGGUUCGGGGGGAGACGAUGAUACCACUGCCACCACCGCCGACAUCAGUGACAAUGGGCUGCGCAAGAGAGUCAGUUUCGACGAUACCGUCCUCAUCUACCAUUCCGAACGGCUCAGUUCGGAAGAGAAGAGGCAAGUCUUUUACCGUCCAGCGGACUAUCGACGCUUCCGUUCCGACAGUUGCCUGGAAGUACUCGACCAGCAAGUGCACCUCUCUCCUCUCGCGGAGAUCUUCCAGAAUGUGUUUGGUGUCAAGGCACGAAGCAGGAGCCAACAACUGGCCGCGGCAAUCCCGCACUCGACGGGUUCUUCAAGGCCCGGAACACCAAGACCAACAGCCACGGAUUAUCCCUGGAUGGAGAACUAUUACCCCCAAGCAACAACUGCUCAAGAGACGCCGCGGUCCGUGGUAUCCCCACCGCCUGUCACUACAGAUGAGUUUGUUGACUCUCGUGAGAGGCAAACAAUACGAGAACUGGCCUUUCUCAUUCCUUGA